AUGGCCUUGGUGCAGCUUCUCCUCUUAUUUUCUCUCUUCCUAAUUCAUGGAGUUCUUGGUGAGAUCGUAUGUGAGGAACUUCCGGUUGGUCUAUGUUCAUUCUCGGUGGCAUCGUCUGGGAAACGUUGUCUUCUAGAGACAUCCCCUACGACACCAACUAGGGAGAAUGAUGAUCGGGAGAAUUACCAAUGUAAGACUUCAGAAAUUAUGGCAAACAACAUGCCGGAGUGGAUCGAAAGCGACGAAUGCAUUGACGCCUGUGGGCUUGACAGAUACGCGGUGGGCAUCUCAUCGGAUUCUCUCCUCGACUCCCACUUCAUGACUUCUUCACUAUGUUCUACCAUUUGCUAUGAGGGUUGUCCCAACAUAGUUCAUCUCUACUACAAUCUUGCAUUGGCUGAAGGACUUAUGUUGGAUGGUGUGUGUAAGGCACAACAAAUAAACCCACGGCGGGAAAUGGUGCAGAUCCUCAGCUCCGGCCAACCACUCUCCACUAAAGUAGUUGCUGCUGGUCCGGCAUCGAUUUCUAUUGCUCUUGAUGUUGCUUGUGCUCCAACUUCUAUAUGAAAAAACAGAUCAUAAAUCAUA